GAGGUUGACGACUACAGUAUCCUCGACCCUCCAUUUCUGCGUAGGUCACGCUUUGUUAAUGUUCAUACGUACACGCGCGCGCGUUGUCACACACAAAUUGAAGGAACAGUGCAGUUAAACCAUGGCUGAAGCAGAUUGGGAUCAAGUUACCUACCUAAGGAAGAAGGCUCCAACUGCCAAACAAGCUAAAUCACAACAGGCUGUAAACAGUGCAAAGAGAAGAGGUGAAGCAGUGGAAACAAGGACAAAAUACAGUGCAGCCCAGAAUAAAAAGCAUACAACUGACUUAAACACCGCAAAGCUGGAUCGGGAAACGGAAGAACUGCAUCAUGAGAAAGUGAAGAUGGAAGUAGGCAUGGUGAUUCAACGUGGUAGGCAGGCGAAGGAAAUGACGCAGAAAGAGCUUGCAACGAAAAUUAAUGAGAAACCACAGGUCAUCAAUGACUAUGAGGCAAGUCGAGCUAUCCCCAACCAGGCCAUCCUAGCUAAGAUAGAGCGUAUCAUUGGAUUGAAGCUGAGAGGCAAGGACAUUGGAGUACCGCUUGGAGGUAAGAAGUAAUGGCACUUACCUCCAGAUGCGAGUCGCAGCCAUCGCUGAAAAAAAGGGAGGAAAAUCUUCAUCAUCAUCAUCUUAAUCAUCGGCAGUGUCAUGAGAACCAUUUUAGUUUUCUUAUUUUAUAAUUCAGAAAGGACUCAAGAGAUUAGGCCACAUAAAAAAAAAAAAUUGGUGAUCGUCCCCGCCCGCCCCUACUAAAACAGGCCGCCCCAUUUAAAAAAAAAAAAUGAUUUGGAAAAAAAAAUCACAAAAUUUCCUUUUCAAUGAUCUUUUACAGUUCCAUUUCACACUGUUCUAUUGCUGCACCCCAAGCGUAGUUCGUGUUGCGCAAGCAUGGUUUGGAGGUUGGGGGCAGAAAUUAAAGUUAUAGGGACGGUUAUUUAGAGUGUAAUCUUUGAAACUGUCACAGGAUUGUACACAGCGAUUUUCUAAUUAGUUUUUUUUUGUCGGGUGCUGCAUAGAUUUCACUUGAUGAUGCGCGUGCGUGUGUAUAGCAGGCGGCGCCGCGCGGGGUAAUUUAAAGUCUUUACCUUUAAAAUGAAGUGUGUUGCAAUGUAUCCUUUUUGUGAUAUUAUUUGCAGAAACAGACUUCUUGCACACACACAAAAAUACAAACCAGAUCAUUCAAUAAAAAUUACUUUAAAAAAGGCAAUGCUAUCACGCAUAUCGAUUAGCAAUCCGGAAAAAUAGCUAACCACAUUUCUGGUCUACAAUGUCGCCAUUUUGUUUUCCCGCGCACGAUACCUAUUGUGAUCGCAUCAAUAGCCUGUGAGGGCUCUACAACAAGACGUGAUGGACUGUUUUGCGUGCAAUAUCGAGUUGGAUCAUGAUAAUAAUAAUAAUAAUAGUGGCCAUUU